AAGGAACCAUUUUUCUUAAUAAGACAAAAAAUUAAUAUGAACCUCGAAGUUUUAACGUGAAUCUAAAGUCAAUGUCAGAAUUUCUUAUUAAAUGAAAUAUCUGACAUUCAAAUUCAGCCUAAAACUGGGUUACUGAACAAAAGGUAAACCUUUGGUAAGGUAAACUAAAUUAUUGAGACCUUAAUAACUGAAUUCAAAGGCAUGUUCAACUUUGGUAUUGAAACCUAAUGCAUAAUAUGUAAGAAAUUAUUUUCUCUAUCGCUAUUUAAAUUUGAGUAAGAUCAUCGGCGUCAAUUCUUAAGGCAAAAUAAUUAUUAACAUUAGCAAGAAAUUUUUGCUUUGGAUAUUAGUUGAAUGUAAUUCUCCUAAUCUCCAAAUACGUCGUACCUUCAGUACAGACAAUUUGUUAAUAGUAAGAUUUCUUACAUUGUAUAAAGUUUCGGAAAUUCAAAAUAAUGGCUGAUUAUACUCCAACGGAAAUAGUUGACAUUCUUCUCAUUUUGGGAGAAUGUCUACGAAACUACCGAGCUGCUGCCUUACUUUAUGCAGUCCGAUAUCCAAAUAGGCGCCAUCCUAAUGAUACCGUCAUACGGAACUUGGAACUCAGAGCUCGAGAGGGUCAUCUCCAUCGCCAGCGUCAAAGAAGUGUUUAUGAUGAAGAUGAUGAGCGGGUGCUUACGAUUUUAGCAUGUGUCCACUUGAAUCCUCAUAUUAGUACUCGAGAUAUUACAAGAGCAACAGGUAUACCGCAGAGAACAGUUUGUAGAAUUUUACACAGCCAUAGAUACCAUCCGUAUCACAUUACUUUAACGCAAGCUUUGACCCCUAAUGAUUUUCUCCAACGUAUUGAAUUUUGUCACUGGGCCUUGGCAAUGAUUGCUCAGGACCCAUAUUUCUUUAGGUACGUUCUCUUUUGUGAUGAGUCAACGUUUAAGAGUUCAGGAGAAUUAAAUAGACAUAACUGUCAUUAUUGGUCUGACGAAAAUCCACAUUGGUAUAGACCGGUGGAUAAUCAGCAUCGUUGAAGCCUUAACGUCUGGUGUGGAAUCAUUAAUGGCUAUUUGGUGGAUCGGAUGAGGUGGUCCCAGUGCUUGGCCUGCUAGAUCACCAGAUCUGACUUCACCUGAUUUUUAUUUGUGGGGAUAUCUAAAAGAUGUGGUUUAUGAAGAAGCUCCAACAACGCGUGAAGAUAUGAUCGUCCGAAGGAACGACGUCCACGUCGUUGUUCCUGGGUUACGCCGAAUGCAGUUUCAAUACCAAAGUUGAACAUGCCUUUGAAUUCAGUUAUUAAGAUCUCAAUAAUUUAGUUUACCUUACCAAAGUGGUUGCUCUUGUGUGUGCUAGCAACGUAUUUUCCAGUAAAUGGCUUGGAUUUUUAGGUAAUGAAUCGUGGACGGAUAUUGGUGUGUGAAUACGUCCGCUUUAUUCCGUGUAUUACAACGAUACGAUUUCUUUCCUCUCUCUCGAAAACCGUUAAUAAUUCUCUUCCCCUUAAACUAGAUGGCGACUUAAGCAUAAACGUAACAUAGAAUGGCCACGUAACUAAAAUAUAGAAUAACGCAUGGCGGCACAUACAAAAUUGCCAAUGACGAUAUCAUGGAAGGAAAUGAAAACUGAUUGCUUAACACAAAGGUUUACCUUUUGUUCAGUAACCCAGUUUUAGGCUGAAUUUGAAUGUCAGAUAUUUCAUUUAAUAAGAAAUUCUGACGUUGACUGAGGUUCA